AUCCACUGGCUGUUUAAGUGCUAACCCGGGUUCGAAAAUACAUGGUAAUUGUCGGUCUCCCCGUGCAAAUUAGAGCAUCUUCACCGUGGUUUCUAAUGCGCGACCUGCAUAUAAGAGCAUAUGUAACCGCACCGCGUAUCAGGCGCAGGACUGUCGACUGUUUGAAGACGGCCAGCGACCAUGUACGCCAAUUGCAGCGACGGUGAUGUGGCGUGUCAAGCCGGCCACAUGGACCAACUGACCCGGCUGUUUAAUCUGUACAAUCAGUUGGCAUCCGUGGAACCCAAUCUGACCUUUGACAGUUUGCUGGACAAAGCCAGUCAUCUGCUGCAGGAGCGCAUCGAAGAUGUUGAGGCCGCGGGAGGGACAAAUGCGUCGCUAAGACACGCGGUCACUGCCGAAGCGGUGCCGACUGACCUGGGCUAUAAGGUCACCGUGACUAUCUCGCAUCUGGGAAUAUUCUUGUUGGGAUGCGUGGGCAACGUGGCGGUUAUAGGGGCGGCAUUCCGGUCCAAGUUCUUGCGGACGCCGACCUACAGCUAUCUGGUAUCGUUAGCCAUUGCGGAUCUGCUGGUUCUCUGCACCGCCAUUCCACAGGACAUUCUCAAUAGCUUCGGCCAGCGCUGGAUGCUGGGAUAUGGUGGGUGCGCCGUGGUGGUGUUCCUGAAUUUCUUUGGCAUCAACGUGGGCAGCAUGAGCAUCUUGGCGUUCACCGCUGAACGCUACGUCGCCAUCUGUCAACCGUUGUAUGCUUACCGCUUCUGCACCGUCGCGCGUACCCGAAACAUCAUCCGUCUAAUAUGGAUGCUGGUCCUGCUGUACUCCGGCGGCUGGCUCCUCUCCACCAAUCUCCUUUCCGUCCUCAGCACCACCGGCACCGAUCGAUCGACCCAGGCAUGCAACCUUGUCAUGCCGGCCGGCGCCUACACCACCUUCUUCGCCGUGGACUUGCUUCUCUUUUACGCGUUCCCCCUCUUCGUAUGCGUACUGGCCUACACGAAGAUCUUCAUAGCGGUCAAGAACACCUCCUUCCAGCCGUACUGCAGUAUCCGUGUACAGUUCGGUUCCAUGUCGCCAUCCGUAGAGUCCAACGAUGCCAUCAGCCGGGAACUUAAUAACUCGGCGUCGGUGCGCGUUGUGCUUCCGCAGAUACGCAUCACCCGACUGCAGCCGCGGCGGAAAAUGACCCGUACCUCGACGUUACGGCUGCUGGUGAUUGUCGUGGUAUUCUUUGCGGGGGCGUGGCUGCCGUUUCGGCUCAUUCCGGUGUACAAGUCGUAUUACCGAACCGGCACCUCAGCGGACGAUUGGUACUUGUUCUGCGCUCAUACAUUGGUGUAUUUGAACUGUGCGUCCAAUCCCAUUCUGUAUAAUGUGAUGAGUCCGCGAUUUCGUGCAGCGUUGCGCCAGUGCGGAUUUCGAUGCAUUUUCCGGCGAUGGAAGCAGUCAAGUUCCCAUGGAUAUUAAAGAAUAAAAUAAGCGCAAUUUCUUGUUAAUUAACCUUUCUUUAUCUCUGUUUCUGUAUGUAUAGUGCUGCCACAAAAGCGCGUCAACGUUCGACGCACCUCCGACCAGACGCACAUUAUUUUUCACC